GCAGACAUGAAGCUUGCAGCUCUUAUGGUCAUCCUCUGGCAUGUUUGGAGCGCGGCUUCAUCUCAUCCUAAACCGUCUUGUCGCUAUCCUCCGUCUCAGUGGUGUCGCUCCUUGGAGAUCGCUGUUGAAUGCAAGGUGCAGAAGCAGUGUAUGGAACUAAGUGCCAUCCGUCCCAAGGAGCCAGCUCUUCCUGUGUCUGUCACGCUUUACUACCAGAGUCUGUGUCCAGCCUGCAGAGUGUUCAUCAGUCAGCAGCUCUUCCCUACCUGGUCCAUGCUGCAGGACAUCAUGAAGGUCACGCUGGUACCGUACGGCAACGCUAAGGAGCUGGUGUUGGGAAAUACUACCUUCACCUGCCAGCAUGGGGAGCCAGAAUGUCAUGGAAACGUGAUUGAGGCUUGCAUUCUCCAUUUGAGUGGCCCCACUGCUUUUCAGACCAUCUACUGCAUGGAAUCCGCUGCCGAUGUUGUCAGCGCAGCUCGGCCGUGUCUUGAGAUGCACGCCCCCGCCGUCUCCUGGGUUAGCAUGGAUUCCUGCGUUAAGGGAAGUCUGGGCCGUCGACUGAUGCACACUCACGCGGUCAUGACCAGAGCGCUGAGCCCUCCUCACACGCACGUCCCCUGGGUCACCUUCAAUGGGGAAUACACUCAGGCGUAUGAAGACAAGGCCAUGUCUUCGCUCUUCCAUUUGGUUUGCCAACUUUAUACGGGAGUUAAGCCUCCAGCCUGCAACGGAGCCCCGGUGAGACUUGACAGAGGUUUCUGCUGAGGACGUCGGAAGCAACAUGCGAGUCAUACUAACAUUGUGAGACUGCGCCAAUCAUGAAAAAAAAAAAAAAAAAAAAGAAUUUCUUUGUACUUUAUUGGCAUUUGCAGAACACCCUUAAAUCCAGAAAAAUCAUUUGGUUUUCUUUCCAAAAUGUCGGAGUGGCAGAUCAGCUGUAUACAUAUUUUGAUCUUGAGGCUUAACAUAUGAUUACAACAUGACAUACAAUUAACUGUUCUUCCCCUUUUUUUCUUUUUACAGUACUCCCCCCCCACACACACACCAACAGACACAUAUGAAUAAUAGUAUUUAAAAAAGUUGCAUGAUAUGAGGCUGAGCAACAUUACUAACAUGAUGCCAAUGUGAGCUCAACACAAGAAGUGAGCAAUAAUACACAUUUAAUCAUUUCCGGCGCUAGUGUUUGAAUAUAAAGAACCAUAGUGCUGAGUUUAACUCGCCAACCUUUGCUGUAUUUUUAUUUUCUAAUGAAACGAAUGAAUUCUGGUGACUGGCCUUUCUAUUUACAACAUCCUGUGGUUCUCUUUGGUUUGAGUGAGUCAAAAACAGCACGUUGGUCCUUUAUCAUCCGUGGCCCAACAUCCUAAGUCACAUGAUCAGUGAAAAAAAGUCACAUGAUCAGAAAGAAAAAAAAAAAAAAAGGCUGAUCAAUAAUGCUUUCUAUGGUCAUGAAAUACUUUUUGACUAGUGUUUCCUACUACUGCCUGACCAGGAAGUGCAAUUAAAUGUGUGUAGUGCUGGUUCACUUCCAAUCUCUGUUGGCAACAAUCAUUCAGCUACAGAAUGGACACACACACACACACACACACACACACAA